UUGUCAUAUUGGUGUCAGGGGGCUGCUGUUGCAACUAAGGACUGCUGGACAGAAGGUUACUAGGGGGGAGGGCUUGCAGGAGGGUGUCUCUGGCUUGAAGCGCCUGCACAGGCACCAUUUGGGCUUUUUGCUCCUCCUGCGUUUCCUGUUGUGGAAGGAGCUGGGGUUGGGGUGAAGGAAACACAUGAUUUAUCAGAACCCAGCUUGACUAAGUGCCCAGAAAUCCCAUGGACACCUCCCAGCCCUCCCCUCCGUGCUCUGGGAGUGCAGGCUCCUCCUCUCAGCACUGAUGUCCCAGCACUUAGCACCACAGCAGCCUGCAGCCUCACCCUGAGCCCGCCGCAGACUUUGUACUGAAAUGUGUUCAUUAAACUCCUAGGGUUCAUUCCAGCGCCCAAGCGAUGGGAUUUCGCCAAAGGCUGGGACUAGCCUUGUGAGGUAGCCCCGCUCUCCACCGACCUCAGCUCCUGAGCCAGUCACUCCAGGUAGUUAUCUAAACCAAGCUCCUAGGAAGAUGAAGUCUUUUUCCAUCUCCCACGUCAUGUUGUGUUCACAUCUGCCUUGUUAUAUAAUUUUCUUCAUUGCUCUCCAUGUUCACAAGUUGGAUUCAGUGAAUUUCAAAGUCAAGGGACCUGAUCACCCCAUCACAGCCAUUGCUGGUAAGGAAAUUGUGCUACCCUGUCACCUGUUGCCCAGGAUGAGUGCAGAAAACAUGGAGGUGAGAUGGUACCGGACUCAGUUUCUUGAAGUUAUACAUCUAUAUAAGGAUGGAGUAGAUCACUAUGAAAAGCAGAUGCCAUCAUAUCAGGGAAGGACAGAGCUUCUGAGAGAUGGUAUUGCCGAUGGAAACAUUGCAUUGAGAAUAUACAGAAUCACACCUGCUGAUGAAGGACACUACAGCUGUUUCAUCCAAUCAAGUACGUUUUAUGGAGAAGCUAUGUUGGAGCUCAAAGUAGCAGGUUUUGGUUCUGACCCUCGCAUUUCGAUUGAGGGUUACCAGGACAGAGGGAUCCAGGUGGUAUGUGAAUCUGCUGGAUGGUACCCUGAGCCUGAGGCACAAUGGAGAGAUCAAAAUGGGCAGCUCUUAGCAUCAUCUUCUGAAACUAAAUCCAAAGAUGCCAAUGGUCUGUUUCAAAUGCAAAUUUCCAUUGUUACAACAGAAAAUUCCAACAGAGACUUGUCCUGUUUUGUCAGGAAUCCCCACCUCAACCAGGAGAAAGAGUCAACGAUUUAUAUAACAGAUGUGUUUUUCCCGAGGGUCUCUCCCUGGAUGGUGGCUGUGUAUGUAAUUCUGGCUCUUUUGGGUUUUCUCAUUUUCCCAGCCAUUUACUACUUUUGGAAGAAACACAAAGCAAAAGGGGAACUCCUGGCUGAACUUCGGUGGAGUAAUGUCAGACAAUAUGCAGUGGAUGUGACUCUGGAUCCAGACACAGCUUAUCCUCAUCUCGUCCUGUCCGAGAAUCGGAAAAGUGUGGAAUGGAGAUCCCAACAUCGGGAUGUACCUGACUGCCCCAAGAGAUUUGACUGUGUAACCUGUGUGCUGGGCUAUGAGGGCUUCACCUCAGGGAGACAUUACUGGGAGAUAGAUGUAGGAGAUGGGACAAAUUGGGGUGUGGGAGUAGCCAGAGAGACUGUGAGCAGGAAGGGAUGGAUCCACUUUAGCCCUCAGGAGGGGGUCUGGGCUGUGGAAGAGUGCAGGGGCCAAUACCGAGCCCUCACCCCUAUUGAGAUCCCCCUGUCCCUGAGUAAGAGCAUCAGGAAAAUUGGGAUUUACCUGGACUAUGAAGGGGGGCGAGUAGCAUUCUAUGAUCUGGUUAGAGAGGACCCGUUCUUCACUUUCACAGCCCAUUUCACUGAGAUAAUAUUUCCUUUCUUCUUGGUGUAUUCUCAGCUCACAGUGUGUCCCUGGGGGACUGGAGAAUGAUUUGCCUCCCGUUGGUGUCUGAGCUCUGACCUCACACUGCUAAGUCUCUGGGGGAUUAUCUGCUUCUCAGCAGGUACAGAUUCUCUGUCUCCAGGGAGGAAAGUUAGGGCAUGUCUACACUAGUAGACUUACAUCACCUUUGUCUGUGAUGAAGUGGGAAUGUUCAUAAUGUUUUCUCUGAAUACCGUGUGGGUACCUCAGUUUCCCCGGUGCAGUUCUUAAGUAUCUAGGUGGCAGGAGAAGAGGGUGUGAUUGUUGCAGAGCCCUAGAGGACAGAUGUGAUGCUGUCUGGACAGAAAAUGGCCAACACUCUGUCUCCUGGCAACUAAUGACCUGGGCCCCUCCUCUACAAAGAUGCCAGCGGAAGGUGUUGGAGAACAAAGAGAUCAGGUGACCUCCUGGCCUGGGAAAGGGACAAAGCCCAGAGGAGGACGGGCUGGAGCAUUUCAGUUUGCAACUGGCUGGGGACAUGGAGUGAAUGCAGGUGUGGGUGUCUGGCUCACUGCCCCCCAGAAUGGACCCAGUUGAGGAGUCUUGUUCUCUGUACCUACAAGCUCUGUUUUAGACUGUAUUUCUGUCAUCUAAUAAACCUCUGAUUUACUGGCUGGCUAAGAGUCACAUCUGACUGCGAAGUUGGGGUGCAGGACCCUCUGGCUUUCCCAGGAUCCCGCCUGGGUGGACUCACUGUAGGACGCACACAGAGGGGCAGAGGAUGCUGAAUGCUACAAGGUCAGACCCAGGAAGGUGAAGCCACGUGAGUUUCUUGCCCUGAAGACAGUCUGCUCAGAGAGAGGAGACUUCAUGAGAGUCCUGACUGGCUUUGUAGGGAGCAGUUCCAGAGCAUCACCCGGGGACUCUGUGGCAACUGGUGGCAAUAGUGGGAUGUACUGCACCCCGUGGAUGGCGCUUCUUGCAGUAAGUGACUGGGGAGCAGUAAAACAAAGGGGAGAGAACAAGGACCAGCUGUGCUGAAGGCUCAGAGAGGGACGGUUUCAGGGGGCAAUUAAUCCCUGGGAGUGUGUGACCAGCAAGAAGGACUUUUGCAAUAACAGGCUUCCCCUGGGGAUUGCAGCGAGUGGUCCCAGUGGUGAAGGAGUCUGCAGCUCGACCCUGGCAAAGAGAUGGUGACCUCGAGAAGGGCUGGCACACUAGGGGUUCUUCCUGGAAACCGUAGGGGGGCUAAGAGCACACAGGCCUGUGAGACCAAAGCAACGUGGGAACAGUGAAGUGAUGGCCUAUCACCAUCUCCUUAAGAAGGACAUUGUAAUCCUGUGCAAAAAGAGAGGGUUACACAUUGGAAAGUUCACCAAGGCUCAGUUAAUCAUGCAGCUGGAGGACAAGGACUGCUCUAAGGAGCAGAUUCCUGACCCAGAUGGGGCUACAAGAGGAUCUGGGAGCAGCUGGAGCAGUAGCCAGGCAUCCCCAAGAGUCUGGUCCCCAACCAGUCGGGGAUCUUCACAAUCAGGUUCCCCAUCAGGGGAUCAGAGACGGAUGGGAUUGGAGCUGAGUCCGAGAGAGCGAGAGGACCAUGAGAGACAGCAGGAGCCCAAGAAAGAGCUGCAGGAGAAGCAGCAGCAGCAUGGACUGGCGAUGGUGGAGCGGAGAGGCAUAGGGGACUUCCCAGGAAUGAGUGGGGAUAGACCCCGGGCUGUCAGUUCCGCAGGGAAUCUCGAUACUAAAUUGCUGCCUCUGAUUAAGGAGGGAGGGGAUGUGGAUGCCCACCACAAUGCCUUUGAGCAGGCUGGCGAUUUGAACUAGGGGGACUCUGCGGAAGAGCCCCAGUAUCUACCUCCCUUGCUGGGACCCAAGGCCAUUGAUGCUGUCAGCCAGAUGGAUGGGGUGGUGGACAGGCUUCCACUCCUGCCCUCAGCCUAUAUGUCUGCGUGGAGUCUCCUGGAUUCAGGCCCCUCGGACCCCCAGUGGGAGCGGAAGGUGGUGGUUGUUAGGAUAUAGAUAUUCAAACCUGUCUGGCCUAUACUUUUAAGAAUUUAGGUGUAUUCUUAUCACUUAGCUAGUUAUAGAGGUAUAAAAGAAAGACAGUGAUUUUGAUUCUAUCUGUGUAAGGGCUGUUAGAAAGGUGAUCCAACCUAUCACCUCCAGAGAAAGGGAAGAGCCUAGAACAUGUAAAAGGAAAUUUAGUUUGAUAGUUUUCUGUCUGGUAAGAACUCACUUAUCAAUAGACACAGCUGGAAAACCCUUAUGUCUGUAUAGAUGUAGUUGUGAAAUCCUCACUUCUGUAUUGUUUUGUAUGUUUAUUUGCAUAGUCUCUGUCUGAUUCUAUAAUUGUUUCUGUCUGCUGUAUAAUUAAUUUUGCAGGUGUAAACUAAUUAAAGUGGUGGGAUAUAAUUGGUUAGCUAAUCAUGUUACAAUGUUAGGAUUGGUUAGGUAAAUUUGAGUAGAAUGAUUGGUUAAGAUAUAGCUACAAAUAUUACUAUAUAAAUUAGGGGCAAACAGGAAGUAAGUUGGGAUUUGAAAAUAAGGAAAAAGGAACUUGGAUUUAAGCUUGCUGGAAGUUCACCCCAAUAAACAUCGAAUUGUUUGCAUCUU